AUUUUGAAUGCUUCACUUGAUGUCCUGUAGGCUCCUGGUUGCUGCUGCUGCUGCUGCUUUGUCCUCUUGUGGUGAUGGCGGCUCUAUGAAGAGAUCAGGCUGUGGAUUUUAGCAGCACGCAUCAACAUUGAACACCUGAGAAGGAGAGGCUCAUAGCAACCAUGGCGAAGUACCACUGGCAGAGUCAGAAUGUCAAGCAGAGCGGGGUGGACGACAUGGUUCUCCUGUCCAAGAUCACGGAAGACGCCAUCGUGGAGAACCUCAAGAAGAGAUACAUGGAUGACUACAUCUUUACGUACAUCGGCCCUGUGUUGAUCUCAGUCAACCCAUUCAAGCAGAUGCCUUACUUUACAGACAGAGAGAUUGAACUCUACCAAGGAGCAGCCCAGUAUGAGAAUCCACCUCACAUCUACGCUCUGACUGAUAACAUGUACAGAAACAUGAUGAUAGAUGGAGAGAACCAGUGUGUUAUCAUCAGCGGUGAGAGUGGUGCUGGAAAGACAGUCGCUGCAAAAUACAUCAUGGGUUACAUUUCCAAAGUAUCCGGAGGUGGAUCAAAAGUGCAGCACGUGAAAGACAUCAUUCUACAAUCAAAUCCUCUGCUGGAAGCGUUUGGGAACGCAAAAACAGUCCGCAACAACAACUCAAGUCGAUUUGGGAAAUACUUUGAGAUUCAGUUCAGCAGAGGAGGUGAACCAGAUGGUGGCAAAAUUUCAAACUUCCUACUUGAAAAGUCGAGGGUGGUGAACCAGAAUGAAAAUGAGAGGAACUUCCACAUUUACUAUCAGAUGAUAGAGGGCGCUAACGCUCAGCAAAAAGAGGCCCUGGGCAUCAUGACCCCAGACUACUACUACUACCUGAACCAGUCUGGGACGUAUAAGGUGGAUGGAACCAACGACAGUAAAGACUUCCAGGAGACUUUGGAGGCCAUGCAGGUGAUUGGAAUCCCAGCUGGCAUCCAGGCUCAGGUGCUGCAGAUCAUUGCAGGUAUUCUUCACCUGGGAAACGUCAGCUUCAUAGAGGCAGGCAACUAUGGGCAAGUGGAAAGCACAGACUUGCUCGCCUUCCCCGCCUACCUGCUGGGAAUCGACCCCAACCGCCUGCAGGACAAACUGACCAGCCGGAAGAUGGAUUCGAAGUGGGGAGGGAAGUCCGAGUCCAUUAAUGUGACUCUUAACCAGGAGCAGGCCACUUACACACGAGACGCCUUGGCCAAAGCUCUUUAUGCACGCCUCUUUGAUUACCUUGUAGAGGCUAUAAAUAAAGCCAUUCAGAAGCCCUAUGAAGAGUUCAGCAUCGGUGUGCUUGACAUUUAUGGCUUUGAGAUAUUUAAGAAAAAUGGGUUUGAGCAGUUUUGUAUAAAUUUUGUCAAUGAGAAACUGCAGCAGAUCUUUAUUGAACUCACUCUGAAGGCUGAACAGGAAGAGUACGUCCAGGAAGGCAUUAAGUGGACCCCUAUUGAGUACUUCAACAACAAGAUUGUGUGUGACCUUAUCGAGAAUAAACUGAACCCCCCAGGAAUUAUGAGUGUGCUGGAUGAUGUGUGUGCCACAAUGCAUGCUAAAGGAGAGGGUGCAGAUGGAACUUUGCUGCAGAAACUGCAGGCUGCUGUGGGAACACAUGAACAUUUCAACAGCUGGAACUCCGGUUUUGUCGUGCAUCACUACGCCGGGAAGGUGUCGUAUGAUAUCAAUGGAUUCUGUGAAAGAAACAGGGACGUGCUCUUCCCUGACCUCAUUGAACUCAUGCAAAGCAGUGAAUUUGAUUUCAUCCGAAGCUUGUUCCCUGAAAAUCUGAACACAGACAAAAAGAGCAGGCCGACCACAGCGGGCUCAAAGAUCAAGAAACAAGCAAACGAUUUGGUGAACACGCUGAUGAAGUGCACUCCUCAUUAUAUCCGUUGUAUCAAACCCAAUGAGACGAAGCGUCCAAAAGACUGGGAGGAGAGCAGAGCCAGACACCAAGUUGAAUAUCUUGGGUUGCGUGAAAACAUUCGUGUCCGGAGGGCAGGAUUUGCAUACCGCAGACUCUUCAAUAAAUUUCUGAUGAGGUAUGCCAUCCUAACAGCUGAGACAUGGCCUUCCUGGAGGGGCCCAGAGCAGCAGGGCGUCCUUCAUCUCCUUCGCUCUGUCAACAUGGACAACGAUCAAUACCAGAUGGGACGCACCAAGAUCUUCGUCAAGAACCCAGAAUCGCUGUUUUUAUUGGAAGAGAUGAGGGAGAGAAAAUUUGACACUUUUGCACGGAUCAUCCAAAAGGCCUGGAGAAGAUUUAUUGCCAGGAAGAAAUACGAGCAGAUGAGAGAAGAAGCCUCCGACAUCCUGUACAACUCCAAAGAGCGGAGGAAGAACAGCAUCAACAGGAACUUUGUUGGAGAUUAUCUCGGACUGGAGCAGAAACCUGAGCUGCGACAGUUCCUGGCCAAAAGGGAGAGGGUCGACUUUGCAGAUUCGGUCAACAAGUUUGACCGCAGGUUCAAGUCCAUCAAGAGAGAUCUAAUCUUGACACCCAAGGGUAUUUAUCUGAUCGGCAGAGAAAAAGUCAAGAAGGGACCAGAGAAAGGACAGAUCAAAGAGGUGCUGAAACGAAAGAUGGAGUUUGAAAGCAUCAGUGGUGUCUCUCUCAGCACAAGACAAGAUGAUUUCUUCAUCCUGCAUGAGACUAAUUACGACAGUUUACUGGAGUCCAACUUUAAGACGGAGUUCCUCAGUUUGCUCUCUAAACGCUACGAGGAAGUGACCAAGAGAAAAUUGACCAUCUCAUUUGCUGACAGACUGGAGUUCAGAGUGAAGAAGGAGGGCUGGGGUGGAGGUGGAUCCAGAGUGAUGGUGUUUCAGAGGGGUGCAGGUGAUGUGGCCCAGAUCAAACCUGCAGGCAAAACCCUCACGAUCACAAUAGGAGACGGUCUGGCCAAAUCCUCCAAACCGACCAGGAAGUCAGCUGUUGGGUCCUAUGGAGGAGGGAGAAAUCAUGUUCCCAACCGAGCUCAUCAGAAUGGAGCAGCCAGGGGCCACAGGGCACCUCCUCCUCAACAGUCAGAGAUCACAUACUCCUCACCGACCAAGCGGGGUCGGCCUCCCAACACCGCCCUGCCCAAACUAGGCUCCCAGAAGACUCCCCGAGUCCCAGCCAACAACCAGCACAACCAGGGAAACCUGGACUUCCUUAGUGUCCCUGACCAGGGCAUGUCAGGAAAGCAAAGGAAAAAGAGCAUCAGCCAGCGACCGCCUCCUGCUCCCAAACCCCAGCAGAGACCUCAGGUCCCCCAGUGUCGAGCUUUGUAUCAGUACGUGGGCCAGGAGGCAGACGAGAUCAGCUUUGAGGUCAACGAUGUGAUUGAACUCAUCAGAGAAGAUCCAUCUGGUUGGUGGUUUGGCAAGAUUCGAGGGAGGCAGGGUAUCUUCCCGGGCAACUAUGUGGAAAAAAUAUGACCAUCGCUCUUUUUUAUUUUGUUUUACACGUCAGUUAUAGUUAUAGGGUAGUUUUCCGUUCAUAAAAGAAACAGUGGUGGACCUGGCUGACAUUUUGGACCCAGCUAACUUGUCUGUCGGUCUUUCUGAGUGAGGAGAACAAAGAAGACAUCACGCUCAUAAAGACAAAACUACACUGAGCUGCUCAGGUGUCCUCAGUGCCUCAGUGUCAGGUGAUCCCGCUGUGAACUACCCUGCAGCCCCUCGACACCUUCUUUUGAGCUGCUUCGGCAGUGAGCUGCAUCCCUUCCUUGAGUCUACUGCAUUGUCUUCUUCCUGCCUGGAGCUCUUCUCAUCGUCAACGCCCACUACCACUGCUUAGUAUUCUUUAUAAAAUCAACAGUAUACAAUAAACAGUAUUUAAUAAUCUUCCCAUGUAUACAGUGAGAUAAUGCUUAAGAAAAAAAACAUCUGUGCCUUUUAUGUCUGCAAUGUUGUUUUUAAAGAAUCAGAUUUUUUUAAAAUGGUUUCAACUUUGAUAAAAAAAAAGAUUUAUUUUCAUUUUUUACCUCUUUGCACUGGUUUGUAAAACAUUAUCAAUAAGUUAUGGGAGGUUUAUCAAGAACUAAUAAGGAUGGGGCAAUUGAUUUUAAAUAUUUUAAUGAUAAAGUGCCUACAUUCUUAGAAAGUUUUUAUGAAAAAACAGAUUUCCUUAUAUCAAUCGACACAUGAUUUUUGUGCAUGAAUUUGAUGAGGGGAGUAAUAAAGAAUUGUUCAGAUUAUACUUUGGAAAGCAUUUUUCACUUUAACUUUGUAAGUUUUUGUACAUUAAAAAAAGGAAUUUAA